GUGUGGCGCAGAUCAGAUCUUCGCUCCAAGAAACACCAUCAUGUCCAUUAGCAACAUCAUGGCUGAGCUGAAGAAAUCAGAGGUACCGCUGGCAUAUGAAGCUGAUGUUCCUGAACCCACGACCAGAGAGGAGCUAAUGAAAUACUGGAUCCCUCUCUCUCUGGAUGACAGAACGGCUCAGAAGCUGCUCUGGAUCUCUGAGGGCGGGGCUAAAGUGUCCCGGAUGCCCGAGCAUCCAUGCCCUGUACUGGACCGGCCUGAAAGAUACGAGGACACUCCUCAGGUAUUAUGUAAGGAGGGCCUUCUGGGUUGCCGUGGUUACUGGGAGGUGGACUACGAAGGCUGGGUGGUGAUUGGGGUGGUGUACGCCAGCAGCGGACGCAAAACUAAAGACGGAGCAUGUGGUCUGGGAGAGAACGAUGCCUCAUGGGCCGUGGGCUGGGGUGGACGUAAUUAUCAAGCCUGGCACAACGAAGAGAGCGUGGAGAUCCACUGUAACCAAGGCAAAACCAUUGGUGUCUACGUGGACCAACCGGCCGGCAUUGUGGCCUUCUACAUGGUGGAAGGAGAGCCAAAACAGGUCAAGUUCCUUCACCGCUACAAAACCUGCUUCAAGGACAAACUCCUGCCUGGGUUCUGGUUGGGAGAGAAAUCCAUAUGCUGGAUCCGCAAGAAAGAGUAGCACAAAAGAGAAAGAGGAAAUUGACCCUGAUGAUGACAAGGCGUGAUUUUGUCGGGGAACAAAAUACCUCCUCCUGUGUGUGUGUCACAUGUUCUAAAGAAUUGAUUGGUUUAUGAUUAAAAUAAAGUUUGUUACAAGAA